AGACAAAAGAGGAGUAAAUGAAACCCAACAUCACCUCUCUAUAAAUAUAUGCAUGUAUGCAUUCCCUCUCUAUCAUGUAAUCUCAACUACACGUUAUCAAAUAUCAAAAGGUCUCAAUCGAAGAUGUCCAGAUAUAUGGUCCCAUACCCCAUGCGAGACGCCAACCCUAGCGUAUUCACUCCCAAAACUUUCUUCUUCGCCACUUCUAAGGGAGACGCUUACAAAUACAAUUGGGUCCAAUGCUUCGGUUUGAAAGCAGAUGCUGUCUACUCAGCCAUCUUUGGAAGGGAUGCUGAUGAGCUUCCUUUAGCUGAGAAGUUUUUAAAAUGCAUCGCUUUCUACUGUCUUAAUCCUGUGCAAAUAGUUGAGCCUGAGCCAACAAUCUCCAUCACUACUCUGGUAGAAGAAGAUCUCUGGAAUAUGCCCCAAAAUAUCAGAGAAACAUGUGAUGCCAUAUAUAUUGUUGUGGUCUUCCUUAAAGACUUGAAGCAAUGGGCUGAAGAGGACAGACAGAAAAUGGACAGCUACUUAAUGUCCAAGCAUGGGUCCCACUUGGUCUCAGACAUGGCCCUGCUAGAGAACCAGCUCCUACUUGACCACACCAUCAAUGUGGUCCAAAAUCUCGAUCAGGCGGUGAUUGAAACCAUAAAAUUCAUGUUGAAAGAAAGCAAGGGUCCAUCUCCUUCCAUUAUUUAUUUGAAGCUUCCCUUCAACAGAGAGGACUUCGAUGAAGUGAUUUCUCUCUUUUGCUGGUAUUACUCUCCCUUCUACGCGGAGAAGAAGAAGUUCCACGGCCGCCUUGCCAAGGAAUUAAUUACUAAAAGUACCCUUCUUGAGUGCUUGCAUUACUGCCUGGUGAGGCCCACCAAGGACGAUCAGGCAGUCGUCACCCCCAAUCUAGUGUGGUCCAUUCCAACGGCUAAGGAGCUAGCAUGGUCUGGCAUGCGGUUCGAAGCAGACCCAGAUGUGGCCAUUCAAGUCCAAUUUGCCGAGCCUGUGUUCAAACUACCAGCGUUGGUGUUCGAUACUAAGAUCGAGACAGUGGUCAGCAAUCUGAUGGCGCUGGAGAGAUCAAAGCCGCAGCGGCCGUUGAGUCGGUACUUCCAGCUCAUGAACGAGCUGGUUGAUGACAAGGAGGAUGUUAGGGUGUUGAAGAGGUUUGGAGUUGUGAGGGGGAGGUGGACGAGAGAGGGAGAUGUGGUGGAUUUUGUGAAGAGGGUGGGUAGCUUUGUAUCCUAUCCGUCCAUGUACCCAUCCGUGGAAGAUGAAAUUGGUAAGAUGAGGAAGUGGCAUGAUGAAAGGUCGGGGAAGUUCUUGGUCAGAUAUGGGUGGGCUUUGAGGUGGGCAUCUGUAGCCGCUGCUGCCUCUAUUGUUGCAACGGCUAUAUUUGCAGCCAAAAGAAGGGGGUGAUUUCUGCUUUUCUAUUCUCUUAUAAAUAUAAAUAAAUGCUAUUUGAAAUAUAUUAAAAUUAAAUUAAAUUUUAAGGCCAGAU